AUGGUGUUUGUGGUGUGGCUCUGCCCUCCGCCCCGGCGCUGCGGCGCCUUUAAAGCCUCUGGGCGCUCGCCCCGCCCCGGGUCCGCCCCGUCCGAGGCGGGAGCCGCUGAAAACCCCCGGCCCGGCCCGGGCGCGCCACUCGGCCCGCAGCCCCCGCCCAGAGUGCGCCGCGCCGGCCCGCCAACGGUGAGCAGGGGGAGGGCGGGGGGCGCGCCUCCGGGAAGCGGGAGGCCCGCGCCGGCGACUUGCUCCCGGGGCCGGCGCGAGGGUCCGACGACGGCUCUGCUCGCCCGGUGCUGUCGGGUCCUGUCCCCAAGCCCCGACCCGGCAUUGCCGGGCGAUGAGUCAGGCGAGGGUGCGGGUGCACCGACGGGGCGUCCGUCCGCAACGGGGACCGGGCCGUCGGGGUUGACGAGCGGAGGGCGUCGGCGCGUGGCUGGCGGGCUCCGAGGGACCGCGCGCCCGAGCUUCCCCGCGACCCCUCACUUCCCGUUGCAGGAGCACGUGCGGGGGCCGCCCUCUCUGUGCCUCCUCCCGCCGGCCGUCUUCCUGGGGACUCGGGGUCGCGGGCUGGGGAGGAGAGGCCCCCGACCUCGGGGGGUGGCCGCCGGCGCGCGGGAUGGUGUGGGGAGGGGGCUGCUUGCGGGAGCUCCGGUCCACCCCCCGCCCCCCCCCCCCGGCCGGGCCCCCACCCCGCGCCCCCUGCUGCUGGGAAAGCCGGCGGGGCCGCGGGCGGGCGGGCCGCGGGCGGCGGGCGGCGGGCUGCCCAGACCACUGCGUCACCCCAGCGGCGGGCUGUGGGUGACUCAUCCGGCUGUAACGGCCCUGGGUGUGGCGAGGCGGGGCGGCGGGGCCGGACCUGCAGGACCGGAAGUGGACGGCCGCCUUCCCGGCCCCGCAGGCCUCCCAGAGCCCCCUUGCAGCCCGUGCCCGGGAAGUUCUGGGGGGAGCCUGGCAUCUGGGAGCAGAAAGGAGCGUGGCGGGAGUGAGGGUCCCGGGGAUGGGGGGGGGGCCCAGUGGCUUGGAUGGGCUUUCCCGAGUUCUGACCGCGGAGCACCAAAGAGAGGGACAGCUCCCCCUCGCCGACGCCACCCCCCCAUUUCCCCUCCCUAGUCCCCCGGGAAGGCCCACAGCUGCUGAGAAGGCCAAGGCAGGCUGGGGAGGGGGGGGGCCCACCCCGCGGAGGCGGCGCGGUCGUCUUUGGCCGACUGCACCCCCCCUCCAGCGCCCCAGCCCUCCUGCCCCCUGGGGAUUGGCCUCUACUGCUUUCUCCACCCCAGCCCUUCUCCCUCCAGGAUUUUCAGGUGUCCAUCAUCCUUGCUUCCGCCUGCUUCCUGUGCGCUUCACUUUGGGGACAGGGACCCCCCAUCUCGCCCUUUCAGAAUAGCCCUG